GAGGACCGAGCCAAACACCCAGCGCCGCGCGGGGAAAGUUUCAAACAUUUGUAACUUUGGCAGCAAAAGGGCCUGCUGCACUGGGUUGAAGGGAGGAGACAGGGUCCCUUCGACUUUACAAACCACCCAGUUCCUGCUAGAAAGGGACACCACCCGCCUUUGAAAAUGGCAGAAAAACAGCUAAACAGAAUGAUUGCACAAACUCUUGAAAGGCAUCCAAAAAAUCAGUAAAGUGGAAAAAAUUGUCAGCGCUCGAGAAGAGAAAGCAGGACGAAUUGAGAUUUCCCAAUCUUCCCGCUGGCAGGCGGGAAGAAGGAGGAAGGCGAGGAGGGUGUCAACGCUGCUCCUCCCCGCCCCCUCGCCCAGGAAGGAGAGGAGACCCGAGCGGCUGCUGCCGUGGUUUUGCUUGUCGUUUGCGCGCCUUCUGGCUCCUGCACAGGCCUCGUUGUCUCCUCCGUUUACCUGGAAAUAGGAGUUGGAAGGCUGCACCUUCCCUUCCUCCCAGCCCUGCCUCCUUCUGCAGAGCGGAGCUCAAUAGAACUUCGUUGUUUUGCCUUUUACUCUGCGGGGAGAGAAGCAGACGAUGAGGAGAAAAUAAUGAAUGUCAAAGGAAAAGUGAUUCUGUCAAUGCUGGUUGUCUCCACUGUGAUUGUUGUGUUUUGGGAAUAUAUCCACAGCCCAGAAGGCUCUUUCUUGUGGAUAUAUCAUUCAAAAGGAGAAAACCAAGAUUCAGAGAGGGAAAAGGUCCCAUCACGGUCGUACUACCAAAACCCAGAAGUUGGUAACAGCAUAAGUCAGAAGCACUGGUGGUUUCCGAGCUGGUUUAACAAUGGGACCCGCAUUUACCAAGAAGUGGAGGACACAGAUGAAGAUGAACAAGAGGAAAACAACGGAGAGCUUCAGCUAUCAGACUGGUUUAACCCACAGAAACGUCCAGAGGUGGUGACAGUGACCGGAUGGAAGGCGCCGGUCGUGUGGGAAGGCACUUACAACAGCACCAUCCUAGAGAAUUAUUAUGCCAAACAGAAAAUUACCGUGGGUUUGACAGUUUUUGCUGUUGGAAGAUACAUUGAGCAUUACUUGGAGGAGUUCUUAGUAUCUGCCAAUAGGUACUUCAUGGUUGGCCACAAAGUCAUAUUUUACAUCAUGGUGGACGAUGUCUCCAGGAUGCCCUUGAUAGAGCUGGGUCCUCUGCGUUCCUUCAAAGUGUUUGAGAUCAAGCCUGAGAAGAGGUGGCAGGACAUCAGCAUGAUGCGUAUGAAAACCAUUGGGGAGCACAUUGUGGCCCACAUCCAACAUGAAGUGGACUUCCUCUUCUGCAUGGACGUGGACCAGGUCUUCCAAGAUAGCUUUGGAGUGGAGACGCUGGGCCACUCGGUGGCUCAGCUGCAGGCCUGGUGGUACAAGGCAGAUCCCGACGAGUUUACCUACGAGAGGCGGAGGGAGUCUGCAGCCUACAUUCCAUUUGGCCAAGGGGAUUUUUAUUACCAUGCAGCCAUUUUUGGAGGCACACCCAUUCAGGUCCUAAACAUCACCCAGGAGUGCUUCAAGGGAAUCCUCCAGGACAAGAAAAAUGAUAUAGAAGCCGAGUGGCAUGAUGAAAGCCACCUGAACAAGUAUUUCCUUCUCAACAAACCCACUAAAAUCUUAUCCCCAGAAUACUGCUGGGAUUAUCACAUAGGCCUGCCUUCGGAUAUUAAGACUGUCAAGAUAUCUUGGCAGACAAAAGAGUAUAAUUUGGUUAGAAAUAAUAUCUGACUUUAAACUGUGCUGAUAGGCUUCUGAAUUUGAGAGAGUAUGAUUCUGGCAACUUUCUCAGGAGAGUAACACUUAACUUUUAAACAAUACUAACAAAACACCAACACCACAAAUACUUACUUGUAACUUUGAACUUCGCAGUAUGGGAGAAUGAACCUAUGGUAAUCAGGUGUAAAUUCCCAGUGAUUUCUUAUUUAUUCUGGGUUUGGGGGAAAUACAAAAAAAAAAAAAAA